GCCGGAGAUGUUCACUGCAGUGUAAAGAAAUGUGAUGAUACUACAUGUUCACACCCAGCCUCCGGACACUGCUGUUUAGAAUGCAUAAAUUGCCAGUUUCUUGGGCGCAUUUAUGUGGAUGGAACGAAUUUCACAAAUCCGAUAAAUUCUUGUGAAACGUGUCUUUGUUCGAAAGGCGAAGUAGCCUGCGAAAAGCUGGCUUGUGUUCAGUGUCUUCAUCCCAUUUCAAAUGAAUCCACAUGUUGUCCGUUGUGUGAUGGAUGCUCCUAUGCAGGAAGAAAUUAUACUAAUCAAGAACGUUUUAUUUCUCCAGAAUAUCCCUGUGAUGAAUGUAUUUGCAAGAAUGGAACAGUUACAUGCCAUAAACUAGCCUGUAGUCUUCCUGCCUGUCCAAAUCCGAUCACUAUGAGUGGAGUGUGCUGUCCCUUGUGUCCAGGUUGCGUUGUCUCUGGUAUCACGUUUUUUGAAAAUGAAGAAUUUACUCAUCCGGAGAAUGUUUGCGAAAAAUGUAUUUGUAAG